AUGCUCUCAGCCCUUCUUACCUUCGUUAUCUCCGCCAUCUACUCGGUGCCAUCUAUCCUACUGUACUUAUUCACCAUCUACAUCAUCUUUCGCUACCGGAAAUCUUUCGAUUCCUCUUUUUUCACGCUAUACUUAUACGAUGGAGCCAUGAACCUAUUCACGUAUAUCGUGGGAUUCUACAUGAUGCGAUUGAAUAGUAUCACUUGUGACACUUGUGCAUUCGCGUUUUUAUACCGGAAUAUGCACAACUACUUCCCGAUGAACUUCCUCACUUCUAUGAGCUACCAUAUGGCUUAUGUACAGUACUCCACCACCGCCCUUAUCUCUUUCAAUCGGCUCAGCGUUCUUUGGAACUACAAAACUGCGGAGCCGAUCUGGAAAAAAUACACCUGGCUUAUCAUGCUUAUAGUCUUCGCUCUUCCGUUUUUGGACACCCAUCGAUGCUUUUAUUAUCGGACCGAGAUUGUUUAUGAUGAGGAGUCGGAGAGCUAUGCAUUAAAGACACCGAUGCCCAUCAACGACAACUUCUUCUUCCUCAUUCCCGCCAUGAUCUCCAUCACCAUCCUCUCCAUCGGUACCAAUAUCACAAGCCUUAUGACCGUCCGAACCAUCGGCACCCAAAAACGGAGCAAAGUAGAAUUCAACUUUGUCAUCAUCAUGUCCAUCACCUGCUUCGUUCAAUUUCUCGGAUGUGCUCUCAGUGUCGCCCGUGUUGCUCUUUCCACUCAUCCACUAGCCACUACUCUUGCAGGGAUUCUCCCGUUCAUCAGUGAUGGAUUGACAUUGGUGCAACCUUGGCUUCUCGUCGGUUUCAGUCAUGCGAUUCGUGCGAAGAUUAGACAGAUGUUUGGAUGGCAGGAUACAAAUGUUCUGGUGGUUCGCUCGAUGACCAGUUAA